AUGGCUAAAAAGAAAUCUAAAAAUAAUUCCAAGAAUACUCCAACUGGACCAGACAUCCCUGUUGGCACAUCGAAUAGUAAUAUCAAUAAAUUACUUAACAAAACAAAGGGUGCUAUUCCAAGGGUUGAAUCCUUCACUAACUUGACUAAACCUGCAUUGUUUUCAAUUUAUGAUGAUGAUAUUAUUAAAAUUGAAGAUACCAUAAAUGAAGAACAAAAAGCUAAUGAUAUAGAGUUCACUAACCAUGCUAAAAAAGAUGAAGAACCUUAUAUCCCAAUGAUAAAUGAAAAUAUUUUCCUUACUGAGAAAUUUAAGAAAAAAUCUUUGACAGGUAAAAUAUUCCAUAUUAUUUUUGUUUUAUCUAUGCUUUCAUUAAGUGGUAUUUGUUACCAUGAUUUAUCAAGAAAUCUCCACGAUAAACAUUUGUUGCAUCCUGAUUUAGCCGCAAGACCGUUACUUGUAUUAACUGAAUUUACGAAGUAUAUUUCACUUGGCUUAGUUCCAGAUUGGGCUUGUUUCUCAUUGGAAGGUAUAAUAUUCGGUUUAUUAAUUCCAUUCUUAUAUACAAUCUUAAACGUUUCACCAAGAGCCCCAUCCAAUUCUUCUGUCAUUAGAAGUAUUAAUGCUAUGCUGGGUGUUAUUUUUGGUAUCAGAAGAGUUGAAUGGUCUUCUUCAUUACAGGCUUCUGGUGCUUGGGCAUUAUUAAACGUCAUUAUGUGGUUAUUCUUUGAUGGUACUUUGUCAAUGCUACUUCCUUGUUCUGGAUUAGGUAUAAUCAGUUGUAUUAUUGGUUAUCAAAACAUUGAAGAUGUUUCACAAGCUCUAUUUUUCAUGGAUUUUUAUUUCUUAGGAUUUAUGUUAUUCGGUAAAAUCGGUAUUUACUUGUUAUCUUUUUAA